CCGUCAUCCUUGGAUAGGCGGUGCCCACUGCUGCGCGAGGCGAGGCCACAUACCCCGGGCGUGCAGCUCUCAACUCAAAAUCAUGGACACACAAGCCCUCAAAGGACUGCCGCCGCUGCCAAAGUCGCUCAGCGGCCUGCUCAACUUCAACAGUACACAGUGGCGGGAGCUGGAACGCCUGCACAACAUGCGAACCAUGAUUCAGCAGGAUCUGUGCCAGUCGUCCAGCGUGGCGGCGGGAGCGGCACGACCGCGUAGUUCCCGGACGUACCACCAGGCGGCGGGAGCGUCGUCGUCACGUGGUCAGGACCGGGGCACUUCGGACUCACUGCAAGGUGGCCGUGGUAGUCGUGGCGUACAGCAGGAAAAUGAGGACAUGUGGGCUGGGCGUUCUACGACAACGCGGCUGGAUGCUCAGCUGGCGCUCUUGCGCAAGGAAAUGGUUGGUCUUCGCCAGCUGGACAUGUCCCUCCUCUGCCAGCUUUGGUCCCUCAACGAGUCCAUCCAGGAGUACAAGCAGGUCCUCCAAGACAGGUCCCCCACGGCCUGGGACGCGACACCGGACGACCUGCUGGGACAACUUAACGGCCGUGCUGCUGGCACGCCACUGACGGCCGAGCACUUCGAUCUCGACGCCGCCACUGCCAUCCUGUCCAGGCACCACCACACUCCUACGACCGUGCCUCACCACCAGCGUUCUUCGAGCGGAGGAUCGGGCGUCACGCCUCGCCACCCGCAUCAGCACCGUCAUCCGCCACGGAACCUGACGGCUGUGGCUGAAAAAGGAGCGCCCACCGACAGCUCGUCAUGUUCCAGUACAGAGUACGACGACGUGCUGUAAUCGGUCGGUCAGUCGCGAGCGUGCAAAGGCCACGGCGAGGUCACCGGUAGGCUGUAACAUAGUAUACAUUAAUUCUUUGCUCUUUGCCAAGGGUGCCGAAAG